AAUCGAGGAGAAAAAAGGGGGGACGAUGCAGCGGCGACUCGGCCGUCUCUUCGGCAACAUCGCCGCCCGAUCUGUCACUGGUUUCCGAGGCUUCCGGCUUCAAUCUUCCUCCGCCUCUGAUCCUUCGAUCCAAACCUUUCCUUCCCACCAACCCCCGCCGACCGCCGGGACGCUUGCUGAACUCCGGCGUCGGCUGGCGGAGGAAUCCCCUUCUCUCUCCGAUUUUGUCUACUCCGUCGAGGUGGGGACAAAGAAGCGCCCGCUUCCCAAGCCUAAAUGGAUGAAAGAGACCAUUCCCGGGGGUACUAAGUACGCCGCCAUCAAGGCCAAGCUCCGGGAGCUCAAGUUACACACGGUAUGCGAGGAGGCCAGGUGCCCCAACCUGGGGGAGUGCUGGUCCGGUGGCGAGACAGGAACCGCCACUGCCACAAUCAUGAUCCUUGGGGAUACUUGUACACGCGGCUGCAGGUUUUGUAAUGUUAAGACAUCACGGACACCUCCACCACCUGACCCAAAUGAACCUUCCAAUGUUGCUGAAGCAAUUGCUUCGUGGGGUUUGGACUAUGUGGUACUCACUAGCGUUGAUCGAGAUGACUUGCCUGAUCAAGGAAGUGGCCAUUUUACUGAAGCUGUACAAAAGUUGAAGGCAUUAAAACCCAAUAUUCUAGUAGAAGCAUUGGUUCCUGAUUUUCGAGGAGAUCCAAACUGUGUGGAGAAAGUUUCUAAAUCUGGCCUGGAUGUUUUCGCUCACAACAUUGAGACAGUCGAAGAGCUGCAGAGUGUGGUCAGAGACCAUCGUGCUAACUUCAAACAAUCAAUUGAUGUCCUUAAAAUGGCAAAAGAAUAUGCCCCUCCUGGCACACUGACAAAGACAUCCAUUAUGUUAGGAUGUGGUGAAACACCCGAUCAAGUAAUCAACACGAUGGAGAAAGUUAGGGCGGCUGGAGUGGAUGUCAUGACAUUUGGUCAGUACAUGAGGCCCUCGAAAAGGCAUAUGCCGGUCUCUGAAUAUGUUACACCAGAAGCUUUCGAAAAGUAUCGAUCUCUUGGUGUUGAAAUGGGAUUCCGUUAUGUUGCAUCUGGUCCCAUGGUCCGAUCAUCAUAUAAGGCAGGUGAAUUCUAUAUCAAGUCAAUGAUUGAAGCUGAUCGAGCCAAGGUAUUCUCAGCAUCAAAUGAUGGAUCUUAACAAUAAUCUACACUGGUCAAUUACAUAAUUGAGUUUUUUUGUCAACAAUAGUCAUAACUUCUCUUCGGGUUCUUUGGCAGCAUUGUUGUUGCAUUCUUAAUUGUUAAAGUGAUUAGAAGUUGUACCCAGGUGAUUGACACCCAUGAACAGUGUAUUUAUUGUGCUGUGUUUACAAAUAAUACAGAAGAUGUUUUUUUUUCUUGCUGCACUAA